AUCCCGCGUUCACCGUCUCCUCGUGGGGGACUUUGAGGAGCUCGACUUGAGCUGCUUUAGCGGAUCGUUCAUGUCGCUUGACUUUCUCUCAUUCACACGUUCCAAUAAUUUCUUUUCAAUUCAAUUCUUUAUAUUUAUUUCCAUUCCCAACUAAUCAGAUCUGAUCUAUUCUGAUCUGGUCUGAGCUUCAUUUCGUUUCUUCCUUCUUCUCCUCCACAGAUUCCGACUUCACUGCGUCUCUCUGCAAAUCCAAGUUCGUUUUCUUACUCCUUCUCUUGUUUCAUCCAUCAGUAUCGUUUUGUAAGGGAAUCGCGUUGUUGGAGGUGAGAAUGGAAGGUCCUUCGCUUCACGGUACGCUUCACGCCACAAUCUAUGAAGUCGACAGGUUGCAUACUGGUGGUGGAUCCAACGUCUUCAGCAAGUUAAUGCAAAACCUUGAGGAGGCGGUUGGAAUUGGCAAAGGAGUUACCAGACUAUAUGCAACUAUAGAUUUAGAAAAGGCUAGAGUCGGGAGGACACGAAAAUUGGAAAAUGAACCCCAUAACCCUAGAUGGUAUGAAUCUUUUCACGUCUACUGUGCCCAUAGGGCAUCAAAUGUUAUCUUCACCGUGAAGGAUGAUAACCCUAUCGGUGCAAGUUUGAUUGGACGUGCAUAUGUACCGGUGGAAGACAUCGUAGAUGGGGAGGAAGUUGACAGGUGGGUUCCACUCUUAGAUGAAGAAAAAAAUCCAAUUGAAGGAGAAUCUAAGAUCCGUGUCAAGCUUCAAUACUUCAGUGUUACUAAAGAUCGCAAUUGGGGUCGUGGUAUAAGAAGCCACAAAUUUCCUGGAGUCCCCUACACAUAUUACCCACAGAGACAAGGUUGUAAAGUCUCUUUGUAUCAAGAUGCUCAUAUCCCUGAUAAUUUUGUUCCUAAAAUACCUCUUGCUGGAGGAAAGAGUUAUGCUCCGUCCAGAUGUUGGGAAGAUAUUUUCGACGCUAUACAAAAUGCAAAACACAUGAUCUACAUCACAGGAUGGUCUGUUUAUACAGAAAUCGCCUUGAUAAGAGACUCAAGGAGGCCAAAGCCCGGAGGAGACACCAUGCUUGGUGAGCUGCUUAAGAAGAAAGCAAGUGAAGGCGUCAGAGUUCUUAUGCUUGUCUGGGAUGACAGAACAUCAGUCGGUUUACUAAAGAAGGAUGGUCUGAUGGCUACUCAUGAUGAAGAAACUGAACAGUUCUUUCGAGAUACUGAUGUCCACUGUAUCUUGUGCCCUCGUAAUCCUGACGAUGGUGGAAGCAUUGUUCAAGACCUACAAAUCUCUACAAUGUUCACUCACCAUCAGAAGAUUGUUGUUGUGGAUAGUCCAAUGCCAAGUGGAGAUUCGAAUAAGAGGAGAAUUGUGAGUUUCGUUGGUGGCCUUGAUCUUUGUGAUGGCAGGUAUGACACACCCUUUCAUUCCCUCUUCAGGACAUUGGAUACUGCACAUCACGAUGAUUUCCAUCAACCCAACUUUCCUGGUGCAUUAAUAACAAAAGGUGGACCAAGGGAACCUUGGCACGACAUCCAUUCCCGACUUGAAGGGCCCAUUGCCUGGGAUGUCUUAUUCAAUUUUGAGCAAAGGUGGAAGAAACAAGGUGGGAAGGAUGUCCUUGUGCAGCUUCGAGAGCUUGAUGAAAUAAUUAUUCCUCCAUCUCCUGUUAUGUACCCAGAUGAUCAUGAAACCUGGAAUGUUCAAUUGUUUAGAUCUAUAGAUGGUGGGGCAGCCUUUGGCUUUCCUGAGACCCCCGAAGAUGCUGCUAGAGCUGGGCUAGUUAGUGGGAAAGAUAACAUUAUUGAUCGAAGUAUUCAAGACGCUUACAUAAAUGCUAUUCGGCGGGCUAAGAAUUUUAUUUAUAUUGAAAACCAAUAUUUCCUUGGAAGUUGUUUUGGAUGGUCUCCUGAGGAUAUCAAGCCUGAGGAUAUUGGAGCCUUGCACUGUAUCCCAAGAGAGCUUUCCCUAAAGAUCGUAAGUAAGAUCGCAGCAGGAGAAAGGUUCACCGUCUAUGUAGUUGUCCCAAUGUGGCCAGAAGGAAUACCAGAAAGUGGAUCGGUUCAGGCAAUAUUAGAUUGGCAGAGGAGGACAUUUGAAAUGAUGUAUAAAGACGUGAUUCAGGCUCUUAGAGAUAACGGUAUCGAGGAGGACCCCCGUAACUACUUGACAUUCUUCUGUCUUGGCAAUCGGGAAGUCAAGAGGUCUGGAGAAUAUGAACCUCCAGAGGCACCAGAGGAGGAUUCCGAUUACAUGAAAGCCCAGCAGGCCAGGCGUUUCAUGAUUUAUGUUCACACCAAGAUGAUGAUUGUUGAUGAUGAGUACAUAAUUGUUGGAUCGGCCAAUAUCAACCAGAGAUCCAUGGAUGGAGCAAGGGACUCUGAGAUAGCUAUGGGCGGUUAUCAGCCAUAUCAUCUGUCAACCCAUGAACCUGCACGUGGUCAAGUUCACGGAUUCCGAAUGUCCCUAUGGUAUGAACACCUUGGUAUGCUUGAUGAAUCUUUCCUUCGGCCAGAAAGCGAAGAAUGUGCUUCAAAGGUUAACAGAAUUGCUGAUAAGUAUUGGGAUCUGUUUUCAAGUGAAGCACUUGAGAGGGACUUGCCCGGUCACCUCCUCCGCUAUCCCAUCGGCAUAAGCAGUGAAGGUAAUGUGACAGAGCUCCCAGGAUUUGAGUUCUUCCCCGACACCAAAGCACGUAUACUCGGAACCAAAUCUGACUACCUCCCCCCCAUCCUCACUACUUAGUCAUGUUUCCUACUCAUACACAGAAAGUUACUUUUUCGUGCCAUCUAUUUCCAACAGGCAUCUUGUGUUUGUAACUUGCAAAGACUGUUCUUCAAUACUCUGGCUGUAACUUUGGCUUUGUUUCUUGGUUUGAGGCUUACUUCAAAUAGUUGCUAAUGUAACUUUGGGCUGUGUUUCUCAGUCUCUGGUUUACUUCAAUACUGGCUAAUGUAACUUUGGCUGUCUUUCUUUAUGUUAUAAUGUUUAGCUUCGUUU